UCGCCACAAGAUGCUUCUUCUCCUGCGGCGGCGGUACACAAGUGGUUUUCCAAUAUCCUCAAGCCUGCCAGUCAGGCUCACCAAGAACCCUGCCAGCCGCGGCCAAAUUCCCAUCCUACCCCUCAAAUUGUUACUCCCCGCCAACCGGGGCCACGUAGGUCGCGGUUCCAGAACGAUCCUUCGUCACCUCGCCCGCAUGGGAUACCUAUCCCUUCCCGCCGGACAUUUCAAAGUCCAUCAGCAACACCUGAUAAUAAGUUGCUCUCUCCGCCUAGAGACCUCGUCCCUUCGGCCCACCGGAGGUCCAUAUCGUCGUCUACUUGCUCUAUUGAGAAGGCAGCCAUAAAGUCUAGUGCAGUGGGUUGGCCAAAGGAUGAAGCUCAAGCUCAAGAUCAAGGAGGAAGCAUUGAUGAUCUCAAUGGGUUUCUCAAAGAACAAAGAAUAAAAAUUAAGAAAAUAUUGGAUGAUCAAGUUAAUUCCAAGGCUAGAAUCGUGCUUUCUGAUCCUUCCAAUAGUACAAGUACAAUGGUUGCAGCAAUAUGUUAUGCAUGGCUAUUGGAGAACAGAGUGAGGAAGGAAAAGAAGAAGAGUAAAGCAUGGAAUGAUAACGAUGACAAGGAGCAAUAUGUUGUGGUUCCUGUGAUGAAUGUGAAGAGAGGGAGGAUGUGGAAGCAAAGAGAGGCUGCUUGGCUAUUUUAUCAUGUUGGCCUUGAUGUCACUUCGUUACUCUUUUCUGAUGAAGUGGAUUUAGAGACACUAAUGAUGGCUGGCAAGUUGAAUAUUCUUGUAACCGGGCAAGAUGUCCUGAGAAAUAACGGCGAGGUUGGAUCUCAGUGCACCAUUCUUACAGAUAAUUACUGUGAAGAUGCCUAUGAUCUACUUGAUAACCCUUUGCUCAAGAAACUCCUGCUUGGAGGUAUAUUGUUAGACACUCAAAAUUUGAAAGCAUCAGGUCAAUUGUCUAUGACAAGAGACGCAGAGGCAGUGCAGUUGCUUUUAGUUGGCUUGCCAUCCAAUUACCGGAAUGCACUCUUCGAUCAAUUGACACAACAUCAGGGAGACAGUUCCUUUCUUGAGGCUUUGAGGCAUAAUUAUGGGAAGUCUCCUAAUGGAAGCAGUAGUGACUGUACAGAACAUGUGAAGCAGCUGAAGGUUUCGGAGAGGAAAUCAGCUUCUAAUUCUCAUCAUGAAACGAAUUUAAUCAAAAAUUCAGACAAGAAUGCUCAUGAUGCCGCAAGAAAUGCAAAAAGGGGCUCCCCAAAAUCUGCUAAACCACAAAUCACAGCACCUUCGGCUCCACCGCUGAAACCGUCGCCUAGUCCCAACCGCGGAAAGAAUCAGUUCUUCCUUGCAAAAUGGUUUGGUUUUGGUAACAAAUAAGGGUACCAUUCUAUAUCUUUUAAUUGUAAAUUUUCAUCUAGCUAGAAGAACCUGCAUUGAUGAAUGAUGACAUUAGGAGAACAAAAUUUCUCGAGUAUCAGCUGAUUCCAUCAAGGGAGUAUUUUGCUCAUGCCAAAAGCUAAAUCCUAAAUUCCUUUUAGUUUCUUGGAAAAGGAAGAUAUGGAAACACUUCAUAGAGCGAAUGUAGAACGUUCUUGUGUCAAUGUGCCUAUGCCUAUAUAUUAUUGUAUUUGUCAAAUACAAUAAGGUUUGGAGUUGCUAGUGGACUUGGUAUACUAUUGUCUUUUUAUAUAAAAAAUUUUAUGACAGAA